AGCAAAAUGUUUGGAAACGUAGUGAAGCUCGAUUGGCAGAGCACUGCUGAGGGAGAAACUAUAAUGCAACAUUUUUACAAUCCGCAGACAAAUGGUAGAAAAUUUUUUGGACUAUUGGAACGGCCUAUAUUGCCAAACAUAGAAGAAGUAUCGUACAAAUUGUUUUUUGUCGGAAAAAGCGGAGCAGGAAAAUCAUCUACCAUUGCUCGACUAGCAGGGAUAUUAAAUCUUGAUGAAGAGUAUGUAGAAACUCGAGGCAUACGUAAAAGUAAUAUUUAUUGGCCUGUCAAAGUAUGGGACAGAAUUAUUUUGUUUAGACUGCAAUGUUGGGACGCCGGUGAUAGAGAUAUUAAAAAAUUUGGACACAUAUUGCCGGUGUGUAAAGAAGAGGCAGAUGCCAUUGUGUUUGUAUUUUCCUUUACUGAUCCUAGUGGAUUAAGUACUAUUUCAACAAAUCUGCCUAUAUACAUGAAUGACAAAAGUAAACCGGCUCCUAUUGUUAUUGGCACAAAGUAUUGUGCAGGUGAUUUUACUGCUAAAGUUACAAUUGAUGAUAUCGAUGAAUUUGAAAAAACUCAAAAAAUCACUAUAUUGAAAAUAAACAAAACUGAUGGAAAAUAUGAUUCAAAAGAAACUGAGAUUACAGCUUAUACAUUGAAUGUAAUUUGUGAACAGUUAUGGAUAAGAGAUCAAAACUAUAUAUUAAACCAGGAAAUGGAAUCUUCUCAAAUUGUGUGACCUAAGUUUCUUCUGUACUUAUUAGUAUAUUUAGGAAUUUUAGAAUUAAUGAACUGAUCAACAACAUUUACCUAGAUCGUUUUUGAAAAUGUUAAACACCAUUAAAUUAUUUUUGUAUUUUUUAUUGAGUUUAGAGUCACCAUUCUUAUUGUGAAAAGAGGUUAGGGCGCAGGAUUUUAGAGGAAACAUUCUUGUGUACUUCACAUUCACUGAAGACUAUAUAACAUUUCUGUUACAUUUAAUAUAUAUGUUAAUACAAUUAAUUAAAAUAGACAUUAAUUAUAAAUGUUCACUCAUUUUCAGUAUAUUUAUUUAAAAUAUUUCAUAAUUUAGGACUAAAUCUCUGUUAUUGUAUAAAAAAAUAACUGUCUAAUAUCUAUCUUGACACUUGUUAUAUACUGAUAUGCGUCAACAUUUUUAAUUAUUAUUUAAAAUAAUCGCGUAUUUUGGGGUGCUUAGUACCCCUGCCAAUAUAUUUUCAUAAAUUGCUAAAAGUACACAUUUUCUAUUAUUUUUCAAAUAGAACACUGUACUCAAUGUAUUACACAGAUACGUUAAUACUUUAACAAAAUAAGUAUUAUAUUUUGUACAUGUAUUAACGAUUAAUUGUGCCUGUGAUUAAUAUUUAUGUAAGUUGUUAUUUUUAUUCAAUUUUUGUACUGUAUUUUUUUUAAGAAAA